GUUAAUCUAUAAAAAUAUGGCAAUAUUCUUAUAAGAAAAGCGCCUUUUAUUGAAAUAUUUUUUUAAAGUCUUGAAAAAAAUUAUAAAUUUUAUUAUGGACUCCUUGCUAAUUUCUGAGGAAAUCAAACAACUGAAACGUUUAAGGGAAUUCUAUGAAGAUCAAUUAAAGCUUGUGGGCAUAGAAAUGUGUGAUUUGGGUGAUGAUAUUCAUAAUUUACUUGAUGAAGCUGUAGAGUUGCAACGUGUUACCAAUUUGCAGGAUAUGCGUUUGUCAAAUCUACAAACAUUCUAUUACAAGAAGAAAAAGGAACACUUAGAUAACAAAGCCAUUAUAGUCCAGUUGAAAAAUGAAAUUAAAAAACAGCAAAAGCAAAUUGAAAAGGAACAGAAUGAAUGUAAUUUAUUGGAAAAGUUUACCACAUCAAUUAAUAAACGUCUGGUAUCCGAGGCACAAAUGCAAAGUUCAGUUCAGGAUAUUGAAUCCAGCAUGAAGAAAUUGCAAGAACAUUUGGAUACAUUGAAUAUACCAGAUGACUUUAAUAUAGAUGAAUUGAUCCAAAAAGUGGAAUUGCUAAAAAAUGAAAAAUCUAAAGAUAAAAAAGAAUUUUAAUUAUACACAAAUUAUAUGUUCAGUGGUAAAUGCUCUCAAAAAAAUUGAUAGUAAUUUAUAAAAUGUAAUAAAUGUUUAUCAUGUCUGU